UGUCAUCAGUCCUCUUAUAAGAAGAACCCAAUAAAUCCUGAUAAAACUUUCAAUAAAAUGGAAUGUUUAGAAGUAAAACUUGAAUCAAAUGAACCAAUUUGUUGCUGGGAAUGCGGUGAGACAUUCAAAGAAUGGACAGAACUCUUAAAGCACAGAGAAAGUAUACAUGAUCACUACACCUGCAAAUCCUGUACGAAGGAAGAAACAUCUCUGGUGGACUUUGAAUAUCAUCUUCAGAUCCAUGGAGGAAUGAAGAACUUUAAAUGUGUCAUAUGCCAUGAAAACUUUUCCUUCCUUUUUGAGCUCAAUGAUCAUCUUCCUAAACAUUUAUCCAUGGGCAAAACUACGAAGAAAUCAGAAUCCGCGAAAGUAUCCUCUGAAAAUGUCGAUGUAAAAAGUGAGGAAUCUGAAGAUGAAGAAUCAAAUGAAGAUAACCACUUCGAAGAUGAUAUUUUUACUGAGACAGAAACCGCUAGGAAAGAUGAAGAAACAAAUCCACCUGAAUUAAUCGAACAGGAAGAAGUUCAAAAGAAGAAACGAGGAAGACCUAAAAAACCGAAAUUGCCAUAUUCACAAUUGGAAAGAAGAUUCAAAUGCCCUCAUUGUCCUUUAACUGCAAAAACAUCUACAAACCUUAAGCUUCAUCUUCGAACUCAUACAGGGGAGAAGCCAUUUGAGUGUGCCGAAUGUGGAAAAUGCUAUGUGCAGAAGAUUGCUCUGAGGAUACACAUGACUAUGAAGCACGACAGUAACAAAAAGAAGACGGAAGUUUGUCAGAUUUGUGGAAAAACCUUCUAUUUCAUGCGCCGAUUGAAGAAUCAUAUCCGUGAAAUUCACACCAAUCGAGAGAGAUAUCCUUGUUCUAUUUGUGGCAAAACCUACUCAGCCAAGAAUAGUGUAGCUAUUCACAUGCAUAGCCAUUUCAAAAAAGCCGAAGCAUUUCCUUGCCCCAAGUGCAAUAAGAAAUUCGAUACUCACGUCCGGAUGAUGCAGCAUCAUCGGCAAGCUCAUAUCUAUGCCAAGCAACACAAAUGUGAAUGGGAAUCAUGUGAAUACAGUACUUUUUGCAAAGCAAUGCUCCGUAAACAUCAAAGGAAGCAUACAGGAGAAAAGCCGUACAGUUGCAACGUUUGCAAUAAAUUUUUCUCUUCAACCACCGGCCUAAACAUCCACACUGCUCAUAAACACGGUGUACCAACUCAUCAGUGUACACUUUGUGAGAAAUCCUUUAAAGUACAGGAGAGCCUCAAGAAGCACGUACAGAGAGUUCAUGAGGAAAGGAAAUUUCCCUGUCUGGCAUGUGAAAAGAAAUAUGCUUCCAAUGCAGAUGCAAUGAGACACAUGAGAGAUACUCAUUCCAUAAGGAAGACAGAAAAAGUCAAAAAACAGCAAAUAAUGGACAAUCUACAGGUAAAAUUAGAAUCAUUUGAACAUAUUCGCUGCUGGGAAUGUGGAGAAAUAUUUAAAGAAUGGACAGAACUGGCAAAUCAUAGAGAGAAUUCACACAAUCUUUAUACUUGUAAAACUUGUACAAAAGAAGAAAUAUCUGUAAUGGACUUUGAGUAUCAUCUUCAGAUCCAUGGUGGAAUCAGACUCUUCAAGUGUAUCAUCUGCCAUGAGAACUUUUCGUUCCUCUUUGAACUCAAUGAUCACCUACCCAAACAUUUAUCUGAAGUCAAAGAUUUGGAGAAAAUUGAAUAUGUGAAAGCAUCGGAAUCACAUGAACAUGAUGAACCCUGCUCCCAAGAUAUCGCUAUAAAAACAGAGGAUUCCGAUAAUGAGAGCAACAACAUGGACCAAGACAUUUUUCCUGAGACAGAACCUGAUCAGAAUGAAGAAGAGGUCAAACAUUCUGAGCUAAUAGAAAUGGGCCAAGAGUACAAAAUAAAACGAGGAAGACCCAAGAAAACAGAAUUGCGACGUCCCAAGCCCGAACGGAAAUUUAAAUGUCCUCAUUGUCCUAAAACUACAAAAACAGCUACAAAUCUCAAGCUUCAUAUUAGAACUCAUACCGGUGAAAAACCAUAUGAGUGUGCUGACUGUGGAAAAUGCUAUGUCCAGAAAUGUGCAUUAAAAGUCCACAUAACAAUGAAGCACGAUAGGGACAAAAAGAAGACGGAAAUUUGUCAGAUAUGCGGGAAAGGAUUCUAUUUUUCGCGCAGAUUGAGGAAUCAUAUCCGUGAAAUUCACACCAAUCGAGAGAGAUAUCCUUGUUCCAUCUGUGGUAAAACCUACUCGGCCAAGAAUGGUGUGGCCAUCCAUAUGCAGAGUCACUUUAAAAAUCCUCAAGCAUUCCCAUGUCCCAAAUGCAAUAAGAAAUUCGACACUCAUAUCCAGAUGAUGCAGCACCAUCGACAAGUUCAUAUUUAUGCUAAACAACACAAAUGUGAAUGGGAAUCCUGUGAAUACAGAUCUUCUUGCAAAGCAAUGCUCCGCGAACACGCAAGAAAGCAUACUGGAGAAAAACCCUAUGGUUGCAAGAUUUGCAAUAAAUUUUUCUCUUCCACUACAAGUCUCAACAGCCACAAUGCUCAUAAGCACGGUGCGCCAACACAUCAGUGUACACUUUGUGAGAAAUCCUUCAAAGUACAGGAGAGUCUCAAGAAGCACGUACAGAGAGUUCAUGAGGAAAGGAAAUUCCCUUGUCUGGCAUGCGAGAAGAAAUACGCUUCUAAUGCAGAUGCAAUGAGACACAUGAGAGACACUCAUUCCAUAAAGAAAAAGAACGACAAAGUAAAAAAGCAGGAGUAA